GCGAUGUCCUCGACGUAUCCGUCGUUCCUCUCAAUCGUGGGCUGCUAUCUCACUUGUCUUGAACCACACACUCCUGACUCUAACCACAUCAUCGAAUUCGUCUCAAACCCAGUCGUUCUUAGCCCGUACCGAUCAUGCCCGGAAUUCAGCAUUUCGCACUGCGUAUCCGUUACGAACCUGACAGCCCGAAAGCGACCCAGAUAAAAAAUGCAAAGACACCGAAUGAAAUUAACGCGAUUCGGACGUCUUUCUUGACGCAGGACUUGAAGGUGUUUCAUUUGGGGACCGCGAUUCCGAAGAAGACGGGUGUACACAAGUCGGUUCGUGGGGUGGGUGCGUUAGACCUGUUAUAUGAUUCGGCCACUGCGUAUAAUCCAGUUAAAAUAUUAAAAACGUUCCUUGUGAAUGCGCGGAUAGAUCAACUGGAGCAGUGUUCAAUGUGUGUACCUUCAUUUCUUCGAACUCGAUUCUAUUUGGUUGUCAGAAUGUGACUGAGGGGUGUGUGAUUGGUUUUCACCACGGGUGUGUGCUCACAGGACGGCACUGGAACUGUUCGAACUGCCCAAAGGUCGGCCUACUAAAACUAAGUGGUACGAUAUGUCUCUUGUGCCCGUCCUAGCGGUGUAUAAUACUCCAGACGGCCAAGCACCUUGCCAUCCCUCUGCUAUCACGGACCCUGCACCAGCCAAGCUUUCCCGUGUAUCACCGCCUAGCAUUACAGAUUCCGUGGUCGAACCCACGUCCGAGUCAUAUCCGCUCUCUUCUACGUCUUCUAUCGUGCCUCCCGGUCCCUCUACAAGUGACACAGUGCAGACUUUUCUUCCGCGUCGUCCAUCUUGGGGAUCGCAUGCGGCGUCCUCUAUUCCCAGACGCAACUCCUACGACGACGAUACUAUAGCACUACCACAGGCACCUCGUCAUACGCUUCGGGGCCGCUUAUCUCCGUCCAAACCGAUAUUCAGCGCUGCCGAAUUGAGUCCGAAGCAGACUCCAAUAAACGAGCCAGCGUCUUCCUCUGAAUCUCAUGUCGCGUCGUGGUGGAAGUCGAAACCCAAAACGACCUCGAGCGUUGUUCAUGAUGGCCUUCUUGACCAGGGCGAGUCGGACGCGCCAAGGUCCGGUUGGAAGCCAAAGCAAUCGGGCUCCAAUUCCAUUCCACUAGGGAGCAAUGGGCCACGACGGGCUCAGGUGGAUCAUGGCUCUACAGGCGUCGGAUUCAGCGCUUCAUUAGAACAUGAACAGUCUGGAUCUUCCUAUGGGACCUCACAGCCACGUUCUUCCGCACCGUUCUCCACCCGCGCGCCCUUACCCACAUCCGAGACUUCGAGCCAUAAUCCGUCUUCAACGAACCUAUUAGACGAACUCGACAGUCUCAGCCCACCUGAGCGGCUCGAACGGUUGCGCCAGCACGUAUCCGAACAGGCAGAAGAGAUUCGUGGUUAUAAGCGGACGAUGGAAUUGAUGCUCGAUGGCGAGAAAGAAUUGACGGAAGACGUCAAGCGCUUGAAGACGGAGCGAGAACAUACGUUAGGUGUUCUUUGGGGCAUGCAGACUGAGGCAUUCCCCAGUGAGGAGGUGAAGCCUGCUCGAGAUGUCAUGAGUGCUCUCAACUCCCUCAAUCAACAUCUCCGGAAUACGAAAACAUUACUACAUAUCGAACAGGCCGAGAGAAAGAAUGCGGAGCAGCGCUUGGAGGAGGAGAAGGAGGCGCGAGCGAGGGAUCUGAGUGCUAUCGAGAAGGAAUGCAAGGACCCAUUCGUCGUUCCUGCGUUGCUGCAGGCUUUUUUGAAGAUGUCGAAGAUGACAGACGCGGUGUUGUGAUAUCAUUAUGCUUAUGUGCUCUGCCAUUAAUAUGCUUAUUAUGAGUCGC